AGCGGCGGCGGCGUCAUGGCGGAGGCGGCUUUGGACGCGGUGCGGAGGGAGUUACGAGAAUUCCCGGCCGCCGCCAGGGAGCUCAGUGUGCCUCUUGCUGUGCCUUACCUGGAUGAGCCCCCCACUCCACUCCACUUCUAUCGGGACUGGGUCUGCCCCAAUAGGCCUUGCAUCAUCCGCAACGCCCUGCAGCACUGGCCAGCUUUGCAGAAGUGGUCCUUCCCAUAUCUCAGAGCCACAGUGGGCUCCAUAGAGGUGAGUGUGGCUGUGACCCCUGAUGGUUAUGCGGAUGCUGUACGAGGGGAUCGCUUUAUGAUGCCUGCUGAGCGUCGCCUGCCCCUGAGCUACGUGCUGGAUGUGCUAGAGGGCCAGACCCAGCACCCAGGAGUCCUCUACGUGCAGAAGCAGUGCUCCAACCUGCUCACCGAGCUGCCCCAGCUACUGCCUGAUCUAGAGUCCCACGUGCCCUGGGCCUCUGAGGCACUGGGAAAGAUGCCUGAUGCUGUAAACUUCUGGCUGGGGGAUGUGGCUGCAGUGACAUCCUUACAUAAGGACCACUAUGAGAACCUCUACUGCGUGGUCUCUGGAGAGAAACACUUCCUGCUACAUCCACCCAGUGACCGGCCCUUCAUCCCCUAUGAGCUAUACACACCAGCAACCUACCACCUCACUGAAGAGGGCUCCUUUAACGUGGUGGAUGAAGAGGCCAUGGAGAAGGCAAAGGUGCCUGGGACCUGCCUGCUCACCAUUCGUGUCCUGCAGGCCUGUGGCCUGCCCUCGAAGGACCUAGUAACCCCCUCUGACUGCUAUGUGAGUCUGUGGCUGCCCACGGCCUCUAGCCAUAGGCUGCAGACACGCACGGUCAAGAACAGCAGAAACCCCAUCUGGAAUCAGAGCUUUCGCUUUCGAAUCCACAGCCAGCUCAAGAAUGUGGUGCAGCUGCAAGUCUUUGACCAGGACCUUCUGACCAAUGAUGACCCCGUGUUGUCGGUGCUAUUUGACGUGGGGACUUUGCGGGCUGGGGAGUUCCGCAGAGAGAGCUUCUCACUGAGCGCUCAGGGUGAGGAGCGGCUAGAAGUUGAAUUUCGGCUACAGAGACUGACAGACUGUGCUGAGCAGCUUGUCACCAAUGGCAUUCUGGUGGCCCGGGAGCUCUCUUGCUUGCAUGUUCGACUGGAAGAGGCAGGGGACCGGAAGGAGUCUGGGGGAAGAGUUCAGCUCAUGGUUCCUGGGUCCUGUGAGGGUCCGCAGGAGGCCGCUGUGGGUGCUGGCUCCUUCUGCUUCCAUUGCCCGGCCUGCUGGGAGCAGGAGCUGGAUAUUCAUCUGCAGGAUACCCCCCAAGAGCACCUGAAGGUGCCCCUGAGGGCCUUGCCCUCUGGGCAGGUGGUGAGGCUUGUCUUCCCUACGUCCCAGGAACCCCUGAUGAGGGUGGAGCUGAGAAAAGAAGACGGACCCAGGGAGCUGGCUGUGCGGCUAGGCUGUGGGCCCUGUGCCGAGGAGCAGGCCUUUCUGAGCAAGAGGAAGCAGGUGGUGGCCAAGGCCCUGAAGCAGGUCCUGCAACUGGAUGAAGACUUACAGGAAGAUGAGAUCCCCGUGGUAGCUGUUAUGGCCACUGGUGGUGGGAUCCGGGCGAUGGUUUCCCUGUAUGGGCAUCUGGCUGGCCUGAAGGAGCUGGGUCUCUUGGAUUGCAUCUCCUACAUCACAGGGGCCUCUGGCUCUACCUGGGCUUUGGCCAACCUCUACGAGGACCCAGAAUGGUCUCAGAAGGACCUGGCAGGGCCCACCGAGUCACUGAAAACACAGGUGACCAAGAGCAAGUUGGGCGUGCUUGCUCCCAGCCAGCUGCAGCAGUACCGGCAGGAGCUGGCCGAGCGUGCCCGCCUGGGCCACCCGCCCUGCUUCACCAACCUGUGGGCCCUCAUUAGUGAGGCCCUGCUGCACGAUGAGCCCCAUGACCAUACUCUCUCAGACCAGAGAGAGGCCCUGAGUCAAGGCCAGAACCCUCUGCCCAUUUACUGUGCCCUUAACACCAAGGAGAAGAACCUGACCACCUUUGAAUUUGCUGAGUGGUGUGAGUUCUCCCCCUAUGAGGUUGGCUUUCCCAAGUACGGUGCCUUCAUCCCCUCCGAGCUCUUUGGCUCUGAGUUCUUCAUGGGGCGCCUGACCAAGCGGCUUCCUGAGUCCCGAAUCUGCUUCCUGAAAGGUAUCUGGAGCAAUCUGUAUGCAGCCAGCCUCCAGGACAGCUUAUACUGGGCCUCAGAGCCCAGCCAGUUCUGGGACCGCUGGGCACAGGAUCAGACCAAUUUGGACAAGGAGCAGGUUCCUCUUCUGAAGAUAGAAGAGCCUCCCACGGGGACCGGCAAGAUUGUUGAGUUUUUUACUGACCUUCUGACACGGCGCCCACUGGCCCAGGCCACACAUAAUUUCCUGCGUGGUCUUCAGUUCCACAAAGACUAUUUCCAACAGCCUUACUUCUCCACCUGGAAAGCCACCAAACUGGAUGGGCACCCCAACCAGCUGACACCUGCAGAGCCCCAUCUUUGCCUGCUGGAUGUUGGCUACCUUAUCAACACCAGUUUCCCACCCCUUCUGCGGCCCACACGGGAUGUGGACCUCAUCCUGUCACUGGAUUACAACCUCCAAGGAGCCUUUCAGCAACUGCAGCUCCUGGGCCGGCUCUGCCAGGAGCAGGGCAUCCCUUUCCCGCCCAUCUCCCCCAGCCCAGAGGAGCAGCACCAGCCUCCGGAGUGCUGCUUGUUUUCUGAUCCAGACCGCCCUGAUGCCCCAGCGGUGCUGCACUUCCCUCUGGUGGAUGCCUCCUUCCGGGAGUACUCGGCCCCUGGCAUCCAACGGACACCUGAGGAGAAGGGGGCCGGAGAGGUGAACCUGUCUUCAUCCAACUCUCCCUACCACUACUCGAAAUUGACCUACAGCCCAGAGGACAUGGACAAGCUGCUCCACCUGACACAUUACAACAUCUGCAACAACCAGGAGCAGCUGCUGGAGGCCCUGCGUGGAGCUGUGCAACGGAAGCGCCGGCAGCACCGGCCGUAGUGAUGGCGCUGCCCCGGCCGGGACUCCCUGCUCCCCUCCCGACACUUUGUCAGACUCACUCCCUGUCCACCUGGGUGUUCUGGGUGAGUCGGGCAGAGACCAUCAUCACCAACAGUUCCAGAGCCCCCGCAGCCUGGAUGGCCCUGCCCUGGCCCCCUCGCGCUCUGAGGGGCUCCGCCAAGAUAUGUGCCUGGCCCUACCCAGAUAGGGCCCUGCAGCCACCAGCACCCUCUCCACAUACUUGCAGGUAGGUUGAGGGUUUUAAAAGGGCUGAGAGCCCUGUCUCCUCAGGCUGGAGGUGGUUUCCUCUUCAAGGAGAACAUUCAGAGGUGGCCAGAGGUAGACCUGGGGGCCGUUACGGACCAUAUUUGCAAAAGUGUUCAAAGCUAUGUGACCCUUUCCCUUGCUACUUUGAAUAGUUGUACAGAGUGAAAUAGAGCGGUUUAUGUAUCACAGAGGAUCAUAUAAUGUGAGAUGUUAAUGGGUUAUCUGUCGUUGCUGCCAAGAAGAGACAGGUCAUUCCAUGCUCCUGGUUGCACAUAGCAAGGACUGGUUUGCACAUCUCCCCAGGGGUACCUCACCGAGCUAGACAGCAGGUCAGUCCAAACCUCCCUUGAAGAGAAGGCCAUGUCUGCCCUGCUGGAGCCACGCUCUCCAAGCAGGGAGGCGGCCAGCUUGGCCUGGGCAGGGGUGGGGGUGGUGGUGAAGGGAGUCUCUGCUACUGGAGCCCUGGCCGUGCACAGGUGAGCAGACUCCCUGACAGUGACACAGCACCCCUGUCCCACGGUGGGGAUGGCCACCCCCAGGAUCUGAGGAGCCAGAGGCAAGUCCUAAUGGCAUAACCUCAGCAAGUUGUGACCUUGGUGAAGGCUGCCUCUUAACAACCGUCUAUUCCAGAAUUUGGUCCUGAGGGGCCUGGCAGCAGCGUCUCAUUCUGUUCCCCUAGAGGCUGUCCUUGUUUGUAGCCUCGAGGUUUGGUGCCAUCUCAGGGUUUGCUUCAGGGCCCAGACCUGUUGGGAGGACAAAGAAGCAGAGUGAAAUUAGGGCCUAGCCUCCCCAGAAUCUUUGUCGAGCACUGGUAUGCAAGGGCUCUGGCCUCCCUUGGAACUAAUGUUGACGUGGAUCCUGGAAGCUGACAGGCAGCUGCAGGAGUGACAGUGGGGUAUGGGGCAUAUGGGAGAGGACUGGGUCUUGUGGCCGAGCUCCCUGUGUCUGCUCUCACCCAGUGAUUCUCGGGCCCUGUCCUGAGCAUGGGGCUAGAGUCACAGGAGAAGAAAUGAUUGCCCUGGUAGCCUUAGAAGCCACCAUCCAGGAUGAAGCCUAUUCCUUCAGCAACAUGUGCUCUGAAGCCUAAAGUGGAGCCCGAGGGCCCUGCCAGAGACCAUACCCGCGGCUGCCCUCCGCUGUGCUGUGAGUGUCCCUCAAGCCCAACAGGGUGGGGUCUGUCUCUGUGCACGGGCAUGACCGCCUGGCUUCUGGCCCACUCUAGGACAGUAAGGCUUUCCUUUCGCAUUGGAGCAGGGAAGGGCAGGCAGACAGCAGGGUACGGCUGUCCUGCAACAUGGCUUCUGUCUUAGGAAGAGGAGACCAAGGGGUGAGAGAGGUGGGAGCCCUGGAGGACAGAGCCAGGCAGGCUUUCUAGCAUGUGCAAAGGGACCCCUGAGGGGCCUGUACCUUGGGCUUGGCCUGGGCAGGAAAGGCGGUGGGAGCCUUGGGCAGGUUCCUGGGCAAGGCCAGCAGCCUGCAGCAACUCCAUGGGCUGCAGCUGACCGUCAGCACUCACAUGUGGCUCCCUCACUGAGGUGGUCAGGGGCCAGCCUUGGAAGCUGUGGGGAAGAGGAGCCUCAGAGCCUGGACUCUGUUGCCAUUACUGAGUGAGCAGAGGUUUACACCAGGUGAGGCGGGUGCUAGGGUUUUCUAUUGCUGAGGGUCUCAAAUAUGGGCGUUACCCCUCACCCUAGCAGUGCAGGUCUGAGUCUCUGGCUCUUGGGCUUGAGAGGGCAGCAUCUGUGCCAGUGAUGGGGCUCAGGACUCGUAUCUGCCCGUAUACCCAGCUGUCCUACCUGAGCGAGGCGGCUGUCUUGGGCGCCCUCUCAGCAGUGGGCUCAACAGUGAAGCCCAGAGGUCUGGCUCCGUGCUCCAGGCUCAGACAGUGGGCUGCAGAGCACAGAGAGAACAAUGGUGAGCCUGGCCCAGAUGCUAGGCCCUCUGCAGACAGCACACUUCCCUGCAUGUUUGCAUCUCUGUUGAAAUCCUAACCCCCAGGUGAUGGUAUUGGGAGGUGAGUAGGUCAUGAGGGUGGAGGCCUGACCAAAGAGUAACCUUGCCCCUUCAACCAAGUGAGGACACAGCAAGAACUAGGACACCCACAAGACGACUCUUACCAGACAUGCAGUCGGCUGGUGCCUUGCUGUUGGACUUCCCAGCUUCCAGAACUGUGAGAAAUAAACGGUUCUUGUCUGUAA